AUGGUAGCUGGAGUGCUCCAUGUAGCCAGUGCCUUUGUCUGCCCUCGCAUUCCAUCGGGAAGGCAAGUGCCAGGCAAACUGCAGGACGAGCAGCACCAGAGGCUCACCAGCCUCACUCCAGCGCAAUGCACUAAAGAACAUACAGUAAGGAGAGCCCUGGUGGAUCAAGCCAGUGAUCUAUCGAGUGCACUGUCCAGCGGAGCAGUGGAAAACGCGCAAAGACCCGGGACAGUCGGGCGCCGCGGCCAGCGGGUUCAGAAGCCCAGAAGUCGUCGGCUGAGCGCGCUCAAGCGCUUGCAAGGCUCCCCUGCUGCUCCUUGCCGUCGGGCAGGUUUCCCCCUCCGCGGGUUACGCUCUCGAAGGCGCCCACCGGUAGCAGCUUCCCCUUCCUCCGCCUCCUGCUCCUGGGGCUGGGGGCUUUCCCCGGCCGGCGGGGCGGAGCUUCCCAGGGCCCCACCCAGCGGCCGCGCCUGCAAAAGUUGCAGCCUGAAGCGGCAACAGCAACAGCCCGGAGAUCAGGAGAAGUUCUUCGGAGAGAGCCGCUGCUGCGCCACCACCAGCCCCAACGUCACCAUGUCAACCAGUGGCCCCUCAGGGGCUGCCUCUGCCCCAGGCAGCAACCGGCUUCACCAAACCCAGAACCAGGUGGAUGAGGUGGUGGAUAUCAUGAGAGUCAACGUGGACAAGGUUUUGGAAAGGGAUGAGAAGCUGUCCGUGCUGGAUGACCGCGUGGAUGCCCUGCAAGCCGGAGCUGCCCAGUUUGAGACAAACGCUGCCAAGCUGAAGAGGAAGUACUGGUGGAAGAAUUGCAAGAUGUGGGCCAUUCUGAUUGCAGUGGUGGUCGUUCUCUUAAUCAUCAUCAUCAUUUGGAGUGUGUCCUCAUGAGCCGUUUGAGGAAACCCUGGAACUUGAAGCAGUUUUCAACAAGAGACACCAGUCUCCUCCAUACCAAGCUUUCCUACGGGUGCACAAAUCAAACGUUUAUUUUGGAUAGAAAUGUUAACUCUGUAGCCUGUAGACAAAUGUGCCUUUAUUCAAAUGAUGCGCUUCAACUUGUAAAUGCUGUUGCAGUUGGCUGAGACUGCUAAGACCUGUAUGAGUGAGGGCGAAACAUCUUAAGGCUUGGGGGCAUCAUGAUCUAUACUGAAGCUGUGAGUUUCUGUGUGGGGUUUCAUAGAUCAUGGGUAUUUUUUUAAAUCUGUUUCACCUCCUAUACCUGGACAGGGAAGGACACUAGCUUUCAUUUGUGCUUUCUGGAGGAAUUUUUUUCUCUUGUGCCAUUUUGGAGUCAUUGUUGCCUUAAUUAGAUAAUAUCUCCUGAUCUGGUGGGGAGCAACCAUGAAAAUUUCACACUCCAAGCACUUAAGUGCCAAUACACCCUUUGCAGUAUUUGGGACAAAACACUGUGCUUUCUGCUCUUCUUAUAGUAAGCUGCUGUUCCCCUUUUGCCUGGACCCGAACAAAUAUUAUAAAAGUAUUUUUGAAAACUUAUUUCUGGUUGAAUUUAACUAACGUUUCGGCAUUGGAGGUUCUGGCAAAACUAAAACCGGCAAGAAAGGCUUCCUCAACAUACCAGCAGAAUAUAUUAUCUGUUGGGGAAAUGAGGAUCAAAAGCAACCUUGAAAGUACUUUUGACUUGCAUCUCAUGUUGCUUAGGGUGGCCCAUGCCGAUUGCGUGCCUUCUGGGUGAUUCACUUUCGCUUCCCACCCAUCCCCUUGCACCCUUCGCACAACACCCCACCCCUUUGGGUCUUCUGUUCUCCUUGUGGCCCUCUGCGAAAACUGCAUAUAUGAAUGAGACCGGGUCUGUACUGUUUACCAGCAUUGCCAAACACGUAGUCCUCGGUUCCUUGCUGAUCCCCCCCCCUUUUUUUACAUAAUUGUUGUGCAAAUUGCUAGAAAACUAGAGUUUUAAAGGGGUAGUGAAGAUGAAUGAAGAAUAGGUUGGUCUGCCUUAAAGAACUCCAAGCAAAAUCCAAAUUGGCAGGCACUUUAUAAGGAGUCUUUUUCUUGAAACUUGUCCUGCGAUAGUUAUUAACCUGCUAGUUUUAAGGGGAAGGUGGAAUAUACGCCGGGAAUAUAAGAAUUAUGGUAAUGAUUUCGAAAAUGUUUGAUUAUUCAUGUGUUAUCAAUCCUCUUACUGUAUAAAAUGUUAUUAAAACAUUUCUUUAAACUUCAAGCUUAACCAAACACUGGAUGUGAAUUUUGCCUUGUAAGACUUGCCAGUGCCUUGACUGAAAUCCAGCCUUGUUUUGUGUAUGUGUGUGUAUGUCUUGGCCAGGGCACAAAGCUUCACACAACUUCCUGGCAUUAUUAACAGGGCAAAGAGAAGCCUUCUUUGCAACUGCUUAAUAAAAAGUGGAUUAUAAGUCG